GGCUAAGAUCAGUUCAUGCGAAAGCCAUCAAAGCCGAGAGAGUUUAUGUUUCGUUCUUGUGUUUUCUUCGUAGAAUGCCGAGAAUGAUAAACAUUCUUAAUAUCGCUGUGGUUAUUGUGGUUUCAAUGCCUUCAAACCAAGGUCGGCAUCACAUAAUUAGCCGUGGACAUCUGAAGUCUCCUCUUGAGGAACCGGCGUUUUCUACAGAGGAUAUAGAACCAGAUGCACUUGAUUUGAAGCAGGAGCAACGGCGAAGAGUCAGUGGAGGAACAAAAAGCCACAAGAUGCCACCUCCUGUUGGUCCUAUCAGGGACCUUCACCUUAAAGAAGAGGAAAAGCGGGGAGACAGUGGAGGACAAAAAACCUUUAAGAUGCCUCCACCUCAUGGUCCUAUCCGAGAAAUCAAUCCACAGGCACAAGAUUUCGACGAUGGUAGGGACAGUUGUGGUCGCAGUUCAGUUUCUUCUUCACGAGUUAUCAAUGGCGAUGAUGCCUCUCUUGGAGAAUGGCCAUGGCAGGUUCGCUUGGAAUUCAACCAUCACCAUACAUGUGGAGGGUCACUGAUCAGGGCAGAGUGGGUACUGACCGCUGCUCAUUGCGUACUUGAUGAUGAUCCCAAAAAGUUCAAGGUGAUCCUUGGGGAUAUCGAUCGUAAGAAGGAUGAAGGCUCAGAACAAGAAUUUGAGGUGAAACGUAUUAUCAAACAUCGUCUAUUCUCGCACCCAGUUCCAUACGAGAACGACAUCGCCCUCUUUCAGCUUUCGCGCCCAGCUUCUCGCGGCGACUUGGUGAAUACGGCCUGUUUACCUGAAUUUCUUGAAGAAGUGCCGCUAGGGAAGGAAUGUUACAUAACAGGUUGGGGACAGAUGUUUGGUAAGGGCGAUUCAGCUACGAUCCUACAACAGGCACGAAUGCCCGUUGUCUCAAACGGAGCAUGCGCAGCAAAACUGGAUACCUCACCAAAUGGCGGGCUUCAUACUGAUAACCGAACCUGGAUAGUGACAAGCAAAAUGAUCUGCGCAGGAGAUGCAGGGCGCACUAAGACAAGCGGCUGCUUUGGGGACAGCGGUGGGCCAUUUCAAUGCAAAAAUACCGCUGGGCAGUGGGUAGUACAGGGAAUUGUAAGCUGGGGUGACCCGGAUUGUUCGUCAAGUAACCAUUACACAGUGUUCACUCGGGUUAGCGUGUUUCGCAAAUGGAUCGAGGAUAUGUUAAAAGACACAGUUAACAAAUCUAAAAGAGACAUUUAGGCAACCGCGUAUGAACAGAGGAAAAACCGUGUUUUUAUAAAUUACAAAUUUUAAAAAGUCAGUAACCGGUUACCUUUUAGUAUUUAACUGUCAGAGGAAAUGUCGCAGAAGAAAAUAAAGAUUGUAAAUUUACUUCAAACAAAUUAUAACGGGAAAGCUUUGGAGACUUUAAACUAACCUAAACAGCGUUAGAGCGAUGGAAAAGUAAAGGUUACUUAUAGGAUA